CCAUACUUGUAUAGUAUGCUUGCGUCUGGCGGCACUGUUGAUCAGCUUAGUGUAGCAUCGUUUUAAAACAUGUCGGAAAAGGGGGAAGUAGAUUUAACUGGUGCCAAACAGAAUACCGGUGUGUGGCUUGUAAAGGUACCCAAAUACCUUUCUCAGCAAUGGGCAAAAGCAACAGGCAGAGGCGAGGUUGGGAAACUCCGGAUCUGCAAGAAAGGAAACCAGGGAAAAGCAGAGGUGAGCUUCACUUUGAAUGAAGAGCUGACUGUGAUUGAAGGUAAAGAUGCCAAGACGGUGUCUGCGCCUCGUGAUCACCCGUUCACCAUGCAGACAGUGGGAGGUCAGACGUUGGCAGUCUUCACAGAGAAUUCAUCAGGCCAGUCAGAAGAGAGAUCUGACGGCAGCAGCUCAGUUUCGGGGGCGGGGUCAGGUCCAGAUAAAGUAGCCUUGGAAGGAGUGGUGGUGCAGAGAGCAGAGUGUAGACCUGCUGUUAGUGAAAGCUACAUGAGGCUGAAGAGGUUACAAAUAGAAGAGUCCAGUAAGCCAGUCAGGUUGUCCCUGCAACUGGACAGAGCUGUCACCAGCAACUACAAACCUGUGGCCAACCACACUUACAAUCUGGAGUACGAUAGGAAAAAGAAGGAGGAGGGCAAGAGAGCCCGAGCUGACAAACAGCAGGUGUUGGACAUGUUGUUUUCUGCUUUUGAGAAGCACCAGUACUACAACAUCAAAGACCUUGUGGAUAUCACCAAACAGCCUGUGUCUUACUUGAAGGAAAUCUUGCGGGAUAUCGGCAUCUACAACAUGAAGGGAACACACAAGAACACCUGGGAGCUCAAACCAGAGUACAGACAUUACCAAGGCGAUGAAAAGACUGAUGAAUAGUCGUGUCUCUUCAGAGGUUGACGCACCACUUCCUCCACUGAUGGGGUUCUCUCCUCCAGAUCAGUCUUCGGCGCUCAUGACUUAUUUCCUUACAUCAUGUCUCAUGACAUUAAGCUGAGGCUGAGUUCUACAAGGAGAGGUUGUUAGGUUGUAAUAUUUGUAG